AUGUCUUCUUCAAUUGAGAUAGGAAUCGAUCAAUUCUCGGAGGCGAAUAAUGUAAUUCUCAUGUCUUUGAUGGAAGAAACACAUGAAUAUGAAGAUGAAUACUUUGGUGAUGAUAAACUUGAGAAUGUGAAUGCGAAUACAUGUAUUCCUUGUGAAAAUGAGAUGGAACAUGUGGAAAUAAAAUAUGAAGAUCAAAAUUUCAUUGAUGAUUUUCAAAUGUAUUAUGGAGUUUUCAUGGAACAACAACAUAGAGAAACUUAUAAUUUAUCUCAAAUAUCAAAUAAUGCAGUAUUAUAA